AUGUCAGCUCCUUUGGGUAACAAUCCGUCUUUUUGCUGGAGAUCAUUGACAUGGAGCAGAGAUAUAAUUACAAAAGGAUCAACGUGGAAGAUUGGUGAUGGCCGGAGUGUAGAUAUCUUCCAGGAUAUUUGGCUUCCUUCAUUACACAGGUGCUUUUCGUUUGUCCACCACAAUUUCCCACAGGUUAGUAAAGUACAUGAUCUCAUCAGUGAAGAUACAUGGAAUGAUAAUCUCAUUGUUGAUCUCUUCCCACCUUUUAUUGCUGAAGAAAUAUUGAAAAUCAAUAUCCCGAAUUCCCCUGAUAAGGACGAUUGGUAUUGGUGCUCUGACGGAAAAGGGAAUUACUCAGUUAAAGAGGGCUACAAAGUUGAAAUGGGGUUUUUUGAUCCUCCUGCAAAUCAAUCUGAUAAUCGGAUCCGAAAAUGGUGGAAAUUCCUGUGGGCCUUAAACAUUUCGUUAAAGGACGAUAGAUUUGGGAUCGGUGGUAUUUCUCGGGACGAUCAAGGUAAUGCUCUAUUUGCUUUUGGUAUGCCAGUCAUGAAUCCGGGUUCUGUUGUUCAUUGUGAGCUAUUGGCGAUUAAAGAAGCUUUGGAAAAAUGUGGAGUGUUGCACCAAGCCCCUAUCUUUAUUUUCACAAACUCUCUGUUGGCGGUACAAGCAGUUACUGACUACAAAGAGACUCAUGGCUAUAUUCGCUCUUGGGCAAAAGAGAUAGAUAGUCUAAUGUCUAAAGCGGCAGUAUCUAGUCGAUUACAACAUAUGCGUCGAUCGACCAACAAUGUUGCUCAUGCUAUUGCUAAAUUUGCUUCUUUCUCGAACUCCCCUUUCUUAUGGAAGGUGGAUGAUUUUCCUCUUUGGUUUAAAGAACUUAUUUCUUUUGACAUUGUACAUUGA